AACAUGACCAAUGUUAUAGCCUAUUAGCCACAUCAACCCGCACGACCGUGCAGUGUGAUCGUAAAUGACCUGUUCCUAGCUUUCCAGAAGUCUCCUUAAAAUCAAAGCAAAGGGGACAAGGAAAUAAGUCAUGGAGGGUCAAACCCUAGGACCGGGCGAUGUUGCUGCAAUAGUUAUAUAUUUUGUAGCGGUCAUGGUCGUGGGUUGUUUUGCAUUGUGCCAUAAGAACAGGGGAACUAUAAGUGGCUACUUUCUGGCUGGGAGGUUCAUGACAUGGCUUCCUGUUGGUGCUUCUUUAUUUGCCAGUAACAUUGGCAGUGACCACUUCAUAGGUUUGGCUGGCUCUGGGGCCGCUACUGGUCUGGCCAUGGGAGCUUUUGAACUGAAUGCCUUGAUCAUCCUUCAGCUACUUGGGUGGGUAUACUUACCUGUGUUUAUUGCAUGUGGGGUUUCUACACUACCUGAGUAUAUGACCAAAAGAUUUGGUGGGAAGAGGAUUAGAAUAUAUCUUGCCAUUUUAUCUCUGCUUCUUUAUAUUUUUACAAAGAUAUCAGUGGAUCUUUUUGCAGGUGCUAUAUUUAUAAGAACUGCUCUUGGGUGGAAUCUCUACCUUUCUAUAUUCUUAUUGUUAGUUUUGACUGUGGUAUGUGUAAUGACAGGUGGAUUAACAGCAGUCAUCUACACAGAAGUGAUUCAGUGUUUCAUUAUGGUGAUAGGGUCUGCCAUUCUCAUGGUCAUGAGUUUGGUAAAAAUAGGAGGGUUUUCCAGUUUAUAUUCCAAAUAUAUGAGAGCAAUGCCAAACACCACUUAUUUUCCAAGCAGCAACUCUUCUGCUGUUUGUGGCAAGCCUCUUCCAGAUGCCUGGAUCAUGCUGAGGGGUGCUGAUGAUCCUGUGAUGCCAUGGCCAGCCUUUCUGUUGGGUCAAGUACCUGCUGCCAUGUGGUAUUGGUGUGCUGACCAGAUGAUUGUUCAACGCGCCCUGUCAGCUCGCAGUCUGUCCCAUGCCCAGGGUGGAACUACCCUUGCAGGCUAUAUCAAGAUACUUCCAGUGUUUUUGUUAGUUAUACCAGGAAUGAUCAGCAGAGUGCUGUUUCCAGAUGAAGUGGGUUGUGCAGACCCAGAUAUAUGUGCUGCUGUGUGUGACAACAGGGCCGGGUGCUCUAAUAUUGCAUAUCCGAAGUUAGUCAUGGCCAUCAUGCCUGAAGGAUUGAGGGGAAUCAUGAUGGCUGUAAUGAUGGCAGCCCUGAUGAGUGACAUGGCUUCUAUAUUUAACAGUGCCAGUACUCUUUUUACUAUGGAUAUAUAUCCUUAUAUUCGAAAAAAGUAUACAGUCAAGGAGCUUUUAAUAACAGGAAGGUGCUUUGUACUGAUAAUGUUUAUCAUUGGCAUUCUGUGGAUCCCUGUUGUACAGAAUGUACAGGGUGGGCAGCUGUUUGUGUACAUCCAAGCUGUGAGUGCCUAUCUGGCACCCCCUGUAGCUGCUGUCUACUGUGUAGCCAUUUUGUGGAAGAGAGGGAAUGAAAAGGGUGCAUUCACUGGUCUUAUCUUUGGUUUGGUGAUUGGUGUGAUACGUAUGGCCACAGAUUUCUUCAAUCCAGAGCCCCCUUGUGGAGAGCCAGAUUUACGCCCAGGAAUAGUGAAGAAUUUCCAAUACAUGUAUUUUGCCACUUUGUCUUUCUGGACAACCAUGUUAGUAAUGGUGGUGGUUAGCUUGCUAACACUGCCACCUAGUGAUGAGAUGUUAAACAGAACAACAUACUGGACACGGUUUGAUAAAAAGAUUACAGCAGGCGAAAGUAUAGAAUGUACAGCAGAUGGGGUAAUUGGAAACCAAGAAUAUAUUAAUUUGGAUGAAAGGAAGAGUGAUGGAAGUUCUGCAAUAGAUAACAGUGUGAAACAGCAAGAGACAGAGAAUGUAUCCAUAGUGCCAAAGCCAGUCUCAAAGAAAUCCUUUUUCCACAAAUUGCUGAUUUGGUACUGUGGCUUUAGUGAAUCAGAGCAAGAAGAAAUAAAGAUAAAUGAACACAGACACCAUUUGGAAAUGAUUUCUAGUUUGGAGCAAGAUCCCUGUGCUAAGGCAUUUUUGAAGGCCAACUUAGUGAUUGUAUUAUUGGCAGCUGUCUUUUUGUACACAUUUUUUUCGUGGAAUUUCUGAUGAGAUUUAUCACAAUGGUAUUACAUAAUACGAAAUAUUUCAUAACAUUCCUUGAAUCUCUAUACAUAACAACUGUACAUGUUUUACAGUUGUUUCUUUUUAUUUUCUAUUUUGAAUAUUCUAUAUUUAACUAUCUAAUAUGUGAUACAUACCUAGAAGUGUUAUGUGACUUUGGCAAUAUUAUAUUUGCUUUGUUCAGUUUUAGGGGUGUUUUUUCAGUGAAAUGUCAGUACUUUCUCUCGGCAUGCCUCCUGGAACACCUCUCACUGAUACUUGAGGUGAUCUGACAUAUAUUGCUAGGAUGACAGUGUAUUAUCUCACACAUGAUAUGAUAUAUGGUGUGAUAUGAUACACUAUGAUAUGAUAUGAUAUAAUAAGAAACAAGUGAAAUUAAUUUAAACACGUGCCUGUCUGGUGGAAAGUAUACUCAGUUACACUUUAUUAAGGUGUGCCUCUUUAAGCCUAAAGAGUGAUGUUUUGUCUAUUUAUAUUAACCAGAGGAUUGGAAUCCCACACAUGUAUCAUUAAGAGUUCAGUGAAUAAUAAUAAUGAUAAUAAUAAUAAUAAUUAUUAUUAUUAUUGUAUGGAUUUUUAUAUUUUUAAAGUAGA